AUGAUGGAUGGACUUAGUGAGAUCCCGCUACCGUCGCAACCCGUCGAGCAUCAACCCGCCUGGAAGUCAGCCCAAGACGCCUUACACCGGAUGGGCUACAACAACACGCCGCAGAAGAAGCCGCCGAUGCCUCCCAGCCUAAUGCAACAGUACCCAUGGAUGGCGGCCGCGCUCGGUACGGUUUCGCCGGUCGCCUCCAACAACGCCCCGACGCCCCCGAACCCAUAUACCGUUUCCCCGUAUGGUCAAAGACCCGUGCCGAACCAGCAGCAGCCACCACGCAACAACUCCUGGAACCCGCAGCCCCAUCAGCGCUUCCAGGGCCCGCCAAUGAACAAUGGCCCAAACAACAUGUACCAAACGAUGCCCCACACUUACGGUCAACCGCCCGGCCAACGGCCCGUCAAGUUCGCGAUCAAGCCGUUGAACAGCAGCUUUGUCUCGAGCAACCCGCGUCCGAUGGUCGUGCCCGGCACGGCCGUCCCGGUCGGCGGUGGACCGUUUGCUGGCGCCCCUCCGUCUGUGAUGAACUACAUCCAGCGCGCGCGCAUGGCCAUCGAAGACAAAGAUGCCCCCAGGCUUACCGAGUACCUUGAGAAGCGGCUUCGGCCGCUCCUCUCCUCCGGCACGGCCGGCAUCAUCAACUGGGACAACGAACCGUUGCCCCACACACUCAAUUUUCAAGUCAAGACGAUGUGGACACCGGCCCACCAAUUGCCCGGGAAAUAUAACAGCCAAAAAGCGCGGCGCUCCGACGAGAUGUCCACCCCGGAGAAGAAGCUGAGCAAGAAGGAGCGCAAGCGCCGCGAGCACGACCAGGCGGCAGCUACGGCUACCGAUUAUAGCAACAAGGCAAAGAAGGCUAAGAAGUCGGUUGAGCAACAUCUAGGAAAGCAGAAUGAGCAUCAAAAGGUCUACAGCCAGAUGCAGCUCCAGGCGCAGAAGCAGCAACAAAAGAAGGACCGAUGGCAAGUGGAUGUGAAUACGGACAAGUUGAAUGCCCGUGGCGCAAGGUUUGCCUCAAAAUCCCAAGAAAACACGACGAAGCCCUCCUUCACGCUCUCCUUCAACCCGACGGUAAGGACACGACAGCCGGUAAUCCACGGGACGUGCCAGACGAUCCCAAAAGCCUUCUUUAGGCUCACCGCGGCUCCCGAUCCGUCACUGGUUCGCCCUCUGCCCGUGUUGAGGAAGGCGCUGGAGUUUGUGAAAGAAAAAUACCGGUCUGGGACCGAGUACUCCUUUGUCUCCAGCCAACUUCGCAGCAUUCGCCAGGAUUUAACGGUGCAACGCAUCCGUAACGCCUUCACGGUUUUGGUCUACGAGACGCAUGCGCGCAUUUGUUUGGAAAAUAAGGACCGCGAGGAGUUCAACCAGUGCCAAAACCAGCUAAAGAGCCUUUACGCUGAUGUGGAGGAGGGGUGCCCGCACAGAAAUGAGUUCACAGCCUACCGCCUGCUCUACUUCAUCUACAUGAACAACGGGACCGACGUGAUGAAUUUGUUGCGAGACGUCACCGACGAGAUGCGCGAGGACGAGUGUAUGGAGUAUGCGCUGAAGGUACGGGAGGCGGUUGGCAGGAAGAACUACCCGAAGCUUCUCAAGCUGGCCGAGCACGCGCCACGCAUGUGCGGCUACCUGAUGGACAUGUUCAUCGACCGGGAACGCAAGGCUUUCCUCGAUGUCCUCGGCGCAUCUCACUGCGCUAUGCCCAUCAGCGCCACCGUCCUCUGCCGGUGGUUCAGCAUGGGCAAGCAGGAGCUGGUCGAGUGGCUCGCCCCGCACGGCUUCACCCCCGACGCCAAGGGCAAUGUCAGCUUCAAGCCGGCAAAAAAC